AAAUAAAUUAGUGCCUCAUUUUGUUUGUUUAUUUAUUUAUUUGUGUAUCUGUUAAGUAAAAUAAAAAGGAAGGUAGAAAAUGAGAACAAGCUGUAAUGGUUGCAGAGUACUUAGAAAAGGGUGCAGUGAUGAUUGUGUAAUAAGGCCAUGUCUUGUGUGGAUGAAAUCUGCAGAUGCACAAGCCAAUGCAACCGUGUUUUUGGCUAAGUUUUAUGGUCGUGCUGGUCUUUUAAACCUCCUCAAUGCUGGCCCUGACCACCUUCGCCCUGGAAUUUUCCAGUCACUCCUAUACGAAGCAUGUGGGAGGGUGGUAGACCCAAUAUACGGAUCAGUGGGCUUAUUAUACUCUGGUCAGUGGCACCACUGUCAGCUGGCUGUUGAUGCUGUUCUCAAGGGUCUGCCUAUCAUUCAACUUUCUCCUUCUUCCCAUCUUACUUCACCAAUCAAUAAUAAUAACAAUGUAGCUCCUCCUAUUACUACCUCUCCAUCUUCUAAUUCUCAAUUUAUGCUCAUGCCUCCCCUUAAACUCUAUGACAUUCGUCACAUGUCUAAGGAUCAAUCCCCUCCUACGUCUGUCAUCCCCACCGGGCCCCGCCUCAAGCCACGUCCUCACCUCCUUGCUUUCGAUUCUGAUCACGAUUGCGAUGACGUAAGCACCGCCGCCGGUGAUUCAACUGAAGGGUCUUCUAUUGCUGGAUGUCAUAAUAAUAAUAAUAAUGUUCAUUUGGAACUUACUUUGGGGUUUACUAAGUUAAGUGACAUGCAAUAUUAAUUAAUGUUUUGUCUUUUCUUAAUAAUAAUUUUAUAUAUUAUUAAAAAAAAAAAAAAGAAUUAUUGAUCUUGGAGAUGAAAUAUUACGAGCUGGUUGGCUGGUUAAUGACGAGGAAUCAGCAAAAAAGGAAUUGAGGGACGAUGAUUUAUCAUGUGUAUGUGACGUGGAUGUUUUGACGGCUGAGAAUGAAAGAAAAAGAAUAAAAAUAAAAAGAAAGUGUUUGGUGCGUGUAAGAGAUGAUGAUGUACAAAUUAAAGUUAGUGUUGUUGGUUAGCUGAUAAUACUGGAAGUGGAAGGUGCGUUACAACAGUUUAUCCAGCUUGUAUUUGUAAUGUAAUCCCAUGAUUUUAGGGUACGUUUCAGUACAAAAUACUAUCAGUUAUGGCGUCUUUAAAUUGUAUCCUUUUGUGUAAUUACAGAAUAUAAUGAAUUAUGUUGUGAUCUCCAAGUGUACAUCUUGUUGUAUUGCAUACUACU